CCUGUGCUGCAUUUGUGAACCGCCUCAGGAUGCGUUUCAAUGAGAAGGAACUAAUUUCGUUGAGUCGCCAACCAUCUGAGAGGGCGGCGGAACUUGGCAUGCGAGGACCGAAGAAAGGAGAUGUUGUGAAGAGGAGGUUGGUGAAGCUGGUGGUUAAUUUCCUGUUCUACUUCCGAACUGAUGAGGAGGAGCCUCAGGGUGCCUUGUUGCUAGAGCAGUGUCGGGUAGAAAGAGAGGACAGCCUUGCCUUCUCUAUCACUUUCCUAGAUGAGGCAGAGAGGAAGUACCUGUUUGAGUGUGACUCACAGGAGCAGUGUCAGGAGUGGAUUGACUCCAUCAUCAAGGCCAGUUAUGAGUUCAUGAGGAAGAACUUGAUCUUCUAUCGCACAGAGAUCCACCGGCUGACCGGCAAGGACCCUCUGGAGCAGUAUGGUAUUGAAGAUGAGACGCGCUUCCAGGUCACUAGUGGCCUACAGCUCAUGCAUAAAGACAUUUAAGAUGUACUGUAGCCCCGGCCUACCUAUGAUGGACUUCUCAUCACACCAACCACAUCCCUUAGCAUCUCAAUAUUAUAGUGGUAUUUUCUUGCUCAAGAGUCCAACCUAGGUAAAUGGGGAAAGCCUCUUAUAUUUUAGAUUAAUUGUUGGUUGUAAUGAUAUGGCCUCCUAUAUCCACGUACUGUACAACUGUUUCACGGGCUACUGCAGAGAUAUUCAAAGUUUUUACUCAAUUUUAUUCCCGGCAGAAUUUCUGGGGAUUUUUUUUUUUUUUUUUUCUACAAUAUUAACUUUAACCCUUCUGUCACCUGCUGUACAUUUAGUAAUUUCACUCAUUGAGUUGGCUGACUGUGUGAUUCUCAUUUCCUAUAUGUGUAAAUAUUUUUUUCUACUAUGGUUUUCUAGUGUAAGAAGUUGUAUUCUU